AGUGGAUGCUGCUUCCUUAUGCGUCUUACACACAUCCAUCUGGAGCGGUCCUUUGGGUUUUUUGUUUUUGGGAAAGAAUUUUUACACAGCUGUUUUAAUUCCGCUUAGGACUAAAUUGGUCAUUUCGGCUAUGCAUAAUUUGUGACAGACUCAAACUUUCCCCCAGGUUGAUUUACAUGCGAGUUCCACGCGUGCGUUUCCUUUUGAGUCCUCAUUUUUGCGCUUUAAAAAUAAAAAAACAGUUGGCGGUAAAUCCACACUGAACACAUGCGUGGCAUAUCAACAAAAGUGUGUCAUUAUCAGACCCCAAAAAAAAUCCCAGACAGGGUGAUGACGUCACCGAAGGAGCCAAUCGACGCGCGCGCGCUCUCUCUCAUCCGUCUUCCUCAUCAUCCUCACCAUCAUCAUCUUUUUCCCGCCGCAGGAGGAGAAAGAGACGGAGGAUGGAGGGAGAGCAGCAAGCAACAUGUCGUCAGGGAAAUGUAAUCUUCAUAUUUUUGUUUUUAUGAGACAUGUCGGAGACGUGGAGGCAACAGACGUCUGCGAAUUUUAGGAAGUAGGACAAGAAGAAGAGCAGAACCUGGAAGGGAGCAGAUCACCGAGAUACCCAAAGAACAGAGGACAUUGGCACACACACACACUGAGAGAAGAUGCCGUUCCACCAUGUGACGGCAGGCCUCCUCUACAAAGGCAACUACCUGAGUCGCUCGCUCUCAGACACCGACAGCGACGUGUUGGCCAGCAUCUCCGUGGAGGAGCUCCAUGAGAUCCGGGAAGCCUUCAAGGUUCUGGAUCGCGACGGCAACGGUUUCAUCUCCAAGCAGGAGCUGGGAAUGGCCAUGCGUUCCCUGGGAUACAUGCCCAGCGAGGUGGAGCUUGCCAUCAUCAUGCAGCGCCUCGACAUGGAUGGUGAUGGCCAGGUGGACUUUGAGGAGUUCAUGACGAUCCUGGGACCAAAACUUCUUUCUUCUGAAACCAGAGAAGGUUUUCUGGGAAGCACCAUCGACACCAUCUUCUGGCAGUUUGAUAUGCAGAGGAUCACGCUGGAGGAACUGAAGCACGUACUCUUCUACGCCUUCCGAGACCACCUGACCAUGAAGGACAUUGAGAACAUCAUCAUCAACGAGGAAGAGAGCCUCAAGGAGAACGCGGGAAACUGUCAGACCGAAUUUGAAGGAGUGCACCCGUCCAAGAAGAACCGUCAGACCUGCGUGAGGAAGAGCCUGAUCUGCGCCUUCGCCAUGGCGUUCAUCAUUAGCGUCAUGCUGAUUGCAGCCAAUCAGAUGCUGAGGAACGGCAUGGAAUAGCCACGCCCACUGUGACAUACACACCCACGCAUUCAUUUUUUUUCCUCAAGCUCCACCCCUUUACUCCGACAGCAGGGACUCUCAAGGGCUGCCGUUACCCACAAUCCUCCUCUGACCUCUUGCAAUAAGACUGCGCCGGCGGCAGGAAGGAGCACUUGACUUUUGUUUGGACGCCACGUACGGCAAGGAGCCGCCGAAUGUGGUCAGAAGGUCCACGUGGACAGCAUCAAGAUCCGCGCGGAGGAGCAGGACAUGUCCAACCUGGCGGACUCACUCAAGUAUGGUGAACACUCGUUCUGGCUGCCGCAGGGAAUGCUGGGAAUUGUUUUUUUUUUUUGUUUUUUUAAAUAGUUUGUCGGCGUGGACUGUAAGUCCUCCAAGAGGGAGAUCAAACAGGGAUCUCUUUGAGACAAGAACCCCAAACACUUAACGUCCUCCUUUCUCGUCUUCCUCCAUUGUCGUCCUCUUUCAUCCUCCUCCUUUCCCCUCUUCUGCCCUCAUCCUCUACUUUUCAUUUCCUCCUUUUCCCGUCCGUCUCCGCAAAGCAUGAAUAUUCUCCCCCGUUUGUCGCCAUCUUCUUCUGACUUCCCGUUUCUCACGGCAACCGAGUGUGUCGAGGAGACCAGGCGGCGCCGUCCCGUCUCGUCCAUCUGUGCUGUUUCUGUGUGCGCGUGUGUCCUUUUCCGUCUUCUGACUUGUUGAAUCAAUUCACUGUUAUUGACAGAUUAAUGAUUGAUUGACGAGUGAUGCUGUAGGCCACUUUGCAUAAUAAGCUUUAUACAUGAUCAAGCACACAUAGCAGCAAUACUGAUACCACAAUACAAUAUCCAUUUUUGCCAAUUGGACUCCUCGUUAAGAGGGCCAACUGAACACUUGGCAGGAACAGUGAGACUCAUCCUGGACUGGUCGCCAGCCUAUCGGCAGACAAACCAAUCCCAUUCAUAAUGUCAUGUCAUAAACGCCUGUUAGCUAAAUGCUAACACAUAAAUGUGAUAACGGAAAUCAGCAUAGAUGGUCACGAUAAAUACAACUGCUACGUUAACACACAUGGUGCAGCAACACAUAUAGACCGAGCAUACAACUAUACGCAGAGACAUAUUUUCUCUGCUCUGUGCGAACUAGUAGGGUAGCUAAUCUUUGCUGUCUGGCGUCUUGGCACAACUCUGAAUUGGGACGGCUCUAUUUAAAAAUGACGGGUUUUAAAUCUGCGAUAUUGCGCUUGUUCACUGUAAAACGAAGCAACAUAAAACUAGCAGCACCUUUACUAAAAAAAGGAAGAAGCCACGUGGUCUCCUAGGCCCCGCCCACACGUGUUGUGUCUGUUAUAUGUGAAUUCUAUGAAGUAACAAAACACUGUGACUGCACAACUACAGUAACACUCCUGCGCCAGGUGACGUCACUCUGAGGCGGAAUGUGUGUUCCAAGCCAUAAUAGACUCAAAACGGGAUGACCAGCAAGCUUUGUGAAAUUGCGCCCUCUUGUGGACAGCACGCAAACAGCGUGUUUGUUCACGCCACAAUAAUAUCACGUUUUGAUUUAACAAUUUGUUUAUUAUUGUCGUCAUGAUACAGUGCACUUGUACAAGCGCAAUAAUAAACAUAUUGUUAGUUUAAUAAUGAUGACGUGAGCAUCAUAGCUAGAUUUUUUUUUUCUUGUUUGAUGGUGUACCUAAUGACUUGUCUAGUGAGAAGUGUCAAGGGGUGGGCAAACAAUAUUUUAAAAAGAACAGAUAGGCCA